AUGGCCGACGAGCAGACUUUCAUUGCCAUCAAGCCCGACGGUGUCCAGCGUGGACUCGUUGGCCCCAUCAUCUCUCGCUUCGAGAACCGUGGCUUCAAGCUCGUCGCUAUGAAGCUCACUUCUCCUUCCCAGGAGCACCUUGAGAAGCACUACGCCGACCUGGCCACCAAGCCCUUCUUCAAGGGUCUCGUUGCCUACAUGCUGAGCGGCCCCAUCUGCGCCAUGGUCUGGGAGGGCAAGGACGCCGUCAAGACCGGCCGCACCAUCCUGGGUGCCACCAACCCCUUGGCCUCCGCCCCCGGCACCAUCCGUGGUGACUAUGCCCUCGAUGUCGGCCGCAACGUCUGCCACGGCUCCGACAGUGUCGAGAGCGCCAAGAAGGAGAUCUCGCUCUGGUUCUCCCCCAGCGAGCUCCUCAAGUGGAAGCACAGCCAGGCCCCCUGGGUUUUCGAGUAA